CUUUCCGGGCACAUUCCUAGAUAGGACCUCCUUCCCAAAAGUAACACCAGUGUAUGGAUAUGGGUUCGUGUGUGUUUGUUUGUGUGUAGCGGCUCUUGGGUGUAGAGCUGUGUGUAUGUGAGUGUGUGUGAGAGUGUGUGUGUGUGUGUGUGCAGUAUACCUGCGCCAUGGUGCUGAUGAUCGAGCAGACAGAUCGGACCUUCACUCCGUUAUCAUCGCCUGAAGGGGGGAAAACCAGUAGGAUCGAGAAGAAAGACAUGCGAAUACAAACAAACUUAGAUGCUGAAAAUGUAGAGGAGAAGCUGAAGAAAAGUGGAAAGUCUGCUUAUGACCUUCAGGUGUCGAUUGACACAGAGUCUGUGUCUGAUGUGUCUGAGAGCAAGAGGAAGUCUCCUGUCCUGAGGCUUAAACUGGCCGAACCCUCAAUCACACAAAGUCCACCGGACUCCGAGUCAAAACUAGAGAGGAAAAAAACACAGUACAGCCAGUUCUCCAAAGCAAAUGCACAGUAUCAUAAGCUGUUCAAAGAAAUAAGCAAUGAUGAGAUCCUCAAACAAAGUUAUACUUGUGCUCUGCAGAAGGACAUUCUUUAUCAGGGAAGGCUUUUUGUCUCUGAUAACUGGAUUUGUUUCCAUUCCAAAGUGUUUGGCAGAGAUACCAAGAUUGCUAUCCCAGUUCUCUCUGUCACGCUUAUAAAGAAGACAAAAACUGCCCUUUUGGUGCCAAAUGCACUUGUGAUCACAACCACAACUGAAAGGCACCUGUUUGUGUCGUUCCUGUCCCGGGACACUACAUACAAGUUCCUGCUCUCUGUCUGCGUUCAUUUACACGCAGAGAAUGCAGGCAGCACCCCGAUCACAUCGUCAGCAGAGAACAGCUUCAGAGGAGACUGCCCUUCCUCGCUUCCUCUAGACUUCUCGGCUGAUUUUUCAGAUCUUGAUGGAGUUGUGCGUCAGAGGAGGCAGGACAUGCUGGACAGUAGCAGUUCAGGCUCCCAGACUCCAGAUUAUGAAAAAAUGGCUGAGUUUUCUCCACUAACUGAAAACUUCCUGGACGUGAUGAAAAAUGGAGAGAUGGCCGUCCAUGCUGACAUUCACCUGCAGAGCAGCAACGCAAAGCAACACAGUGGUCCGGUUAAGGCUACAGCUGUUUCCACCCAGCAGGAGAAGUUUCUUUAUCCAUUGUCUCUCAAUACUCUCCUACUCGUCUAUCUAAUCUUGGUGUGUGUCCUCGUCAUGUCUUCGUGCUACAUGGCUUUCAAGAUCCUGGCUCUCGAGCAGCGGCUGAAUUCGCUGGGCACUUUGGGAGACUAUUCACACGAGAACGCACUUUAUCAUCGAUCUGAAGCAGCCGCCAGUGUGGAGAUCUACGGCGAGCUGUCCACAAACCUGUUCAAGUUAGAAAAGAUUCAGAAGAACCUCCGAAAGCUGCUCGAAGGGAGCUGAGUGUCCUGACAGAAGCUUCGUCUUCAUUAAAAACUCUUCAAAGACUCAAAGAACAAACAUGAGGAUACUUAACUGUGCAAUAGCCACACCACUCAGCCUUUCUCUCAGCUCAGGAGUGCACACACUUUAUUAUUAUUUUUUUACCUGAGGCAUGGCAUGGCAUUUCAUCUAAGGCUUAUGGAGAGAGAGAGAGAAAGAAAAAUAAGCUUUAUAUUUUAGUACUGUAGAAUUGAAAAUGUUCAAGAUAGUGAAAAUAAAUGAGUCCCAAGGACUCGGGUUUUGUAUGUUUAACAUUUCAGAAAUAAAAUCCGAUUACUAAAAAUGUAGCUUUGUGACGAUUUGUUACUAUUUGAAAUUGUCAAUAAAAUAUUUAUAGUUUGAGUCAGUGAA